CCUUCAAGGAGGAGGGUCAAGGUACGUGAACAUCCCGGUGUGGCGAGCAAGCGAUACGCACACAGCAUACAGCAAAAACCUGCGACAUCGACGCUCGCCCAUGCCUCUCGACAACAACAGCAAACGAACAACAAGCUCACACAUGUCUUUUCCUACAGAGUACGCUCAGGUCAUCAAGAUGCUGGGUAACGGCAGACUCGAGGCUAUGUGCUUCGACGGUGUCAAGCGUCUCGGUCUCAUCCGCGGCAAGCUUCGCAAGAAGAUCUGGAUCAACAACGGUGACAUCAUCCUUGUCUCCCUCCGUGAGUACCAGGACGAGAAGGGUGAUGUUAUCCUCAAGUACUCUGCCGACGAGGCCCGUUCUUUGUACGUUUUUCUUUUUUCCUUUCCGCUCUCCGUCCUGUCAACAACAGUCCUACUAACCACCUGCUUCCCCCAUCAACAGGAAGGCCUACGGCGAGCUUCCCGACACCGCCAAGAUCAACGAGACCGACACCUUCGGCCCCAACGAAGACGGCGACUGCGGCUUCGAGUUCGACGAGGACCGUGACUCCGAGGACGAGGAGGGCGCCGAGGCCGGUGGCAAGGCCGUUGAUAUCGACGACAUCUAAACGUGUCGUCGCCUUCUCAACACCAUAUCGUCGCCUCAUUCUUU